AUGGUUGAGGCCGAUGACUUGCGGACGGAGUUCGCCUCCGCCAUGUCUGCAAUGUACAAGCAGGAAGUGCCUCUGUACGGCGACCUGAUCAAGAUCGUGCGCGACAUCAAUGCAGCAACAGUCGAUCCUACCUCCGAUACGGUGGCGCUGCGAGCCAGCGCAGAGCGACCGACCCUCGAACGACACGGGGCUAUCCGCCUCAGAACCCCCUACGAGCUUCAGAUUAUGCGACGAAUUUUCCGGGUGCUGGGCAUGCAACCCGUAGGCUACUACGAUCUAUCUGUGGCCGGGCUCCCAAUGCACGCGACCUGCUUUCGCCCGCGGACAACUUCGAGCCUCGAUCGCAAUCCCUUUCGGGUGUUCACCACACUCCUUCGGCCAGAGCUACUGGCGUCAGAAGUCGCCAGAGAGCAGGCCAUAAGCUUGCUGAGGCAAAAGGAGAUCUUCACCGAUAAGCUUCUGAAACUACUCGACGUUGCCGAAGCACAGCAUCAUAGACUUACCAGGGAGCAAGCGGCGGUGUUCGUUCCCGAAGCGCUCCGCAGCUUCAGUUGGCAGUCGGUAGCAGCCGCAACAUACGAGCAGUACCAAGUCCUGAAGCAUGAGCAUCCCAUUUUGGCCGACAUCGCCUGCUUCCAGAGCGCUCACAUCAAUCAUCUCACGCCGCGAACAUUGGACAUCGCCGAGGUCCAGGCUACCAUGAAGGCCGCGGGCAUGGCGGUCAAGUCCCGCAUCGAAGGUCCGCCCCUUCGUAAGUGUCCGAUUCUCCUCCGGCAGACCAGCUUCCUUGCUCUGGAGGAAACGGUGAACUUCAAAACUUCUUCGGGUCCCGGCGAGAGCCACUGGGUGAGAGGUACUCACAAGGCCUGUUUCGGCGAAAUCGAAGAGCGAGGCGCUGCCGUCACACCCAAAGGCAGACAGCUAUAUGACAGACUUUUGGAGGAAAGCAUGGCUCAAGCUACAGGCGCCGACCCCGAGCAGGUCGAUGCCGUCAUGGCUGCGGUCUUCAAACAGUACCCGGAUGACUGGACCGAGCUGAGGCAGCAGGGGUUGAUCUACUGUGAAUACCGUUGCACGGGAAAAGAUAGCAUGGACGCCUUGCCGCAAGAUAGAUCCAGCACUUAUUCUCUGGAGCAAUUGAUAGGCGAAGGGCGGAUCGAGGCGUCGCCCAUCACGUAUGAGGAUUUUCUUCCCUUCUCCGCCGCAGGGAUCUUUCAAUCCAACCUACAGUCUCAAGGUUCGACCAGCAAUCGCGUACUCUGUCAAGAAAGGAAGAGCGAUCGGGAGGGACUCGAGAGGGCGCUCCAGGAGCGACCAAUGGAUGUCGAUGAGUGGUAUCAGCGCGCACAAACGCAGAGCUUGGAGCGGAACGGCCUAAAUUUCAUGGUUCGCUUAGCUUAUACCUUCAAAAAUUGUAAGCCAUAA